AUGAACAACUCCGAGUCCAGGUCAGUUCCUCCUCCAGACAUCGAGACACCCAACGAAACAAAUACUGCUGAGCGCCGGAAGGCUGACCCCAUGGCAAAAUUUGUCGCUUGCUGGGCAAGGUUAAGAAUGGUGUUAUCAAAAAGAUUUAUUGUUCAAAGUUCAACAAUUCACGCAGCCGCGACCCCGUCCAGGAUACUUCUGCUAUUGUGUAACAAGGUGACGAUCGAUGGCAUCGUCUACAUGCUCAAUAACCUGAACGUGAAAACCCCUGCACCUUCUAUCAUCCGUUUUGUGAAUACGAACAGUCCCAUUAAGGGUGCUCAAAACCCGUACAUCAACUGCGGGCAAGACGCUCAGUUCGCUUCCCUGGCAGGAAAUGCGAACCCUGGCUCCCAGCUCGAGAUUCUAUGGGUUGGCGGAACAGAUGACUCAUCCAACUGGCCGCAUAACACAGGCCCACUGAUGCACUACAUGACGAAGUGCGACGGCUCUUGCUCAACGUACAACUCGACGAACUCCGAGUGGUUCAAGAUCUCUGAACUUUGUCUCGAGGCGGACGGCAAUACCUGGUAUCAGGCAAACUUGACUCCUGCUAACGUGACGAUCCCGAACACUCUCGCACCCGGAAAUUAUUUGCUUCGCUCGGAGAUUAUCUCUCUCCGACUUGCAAUGUCUCCAGGAGGCGCUGAGUUUUACCCUGCGUGCAUUCAACUUUAA